AUGGCGCCCGCGCAACCAGAACUCAAGAAGUACCUCGAUAAGAGGCUCUUCGUCCAACUUAACGGAAGCCGCAAGGUUAUUGGUGUUCUCCGAGGCUACGAUGUCUUCCUAAACAUUGUCCUCGACGAGGCGAUCGAAGAAAAGGAAGGUGGUGAGAAGGUUCGACUUGGCAUGGUUGUUGUCCGCGGAAACUCGGUAGUCAUGCUCGAAGCGCUUGAAAGGAUCGGUGGAGAUGAACGAGGUGGUCGGUAG